UUUCCCAUUCCUUUCUCGAUGGUGCAGCGGGCUCUCCACCUCAGUAGACUCAGAGCAAUGCCCGCUCUCUCCUCCUCCUCUUCUUCUUCGCCCCUCGCAAUAAACCCUAACCCUAACAAAAAGCUCUCCGAUCUCAGGCUCUUCAAUGGAUUACGAUGUAAAAAUCCCUCUUUUCUUUCACUCAGCAACCCCCCUCGAUCCGCUUCACUCCGCUGCUUCGCCUCGCUCGCCGCCGACAGGAUCAAAGUCGCCAACCCCAUAGUCGAGAUGGACGGGGAUGAGAUGACGAGGAUCAUCUGGAGGAUGAUCAAGGACAAGCUUAUUCUUCCUUAUCUGGACUUGGAUAUCAAGUAUUUUGACUUGGGACUCCCCAAUCGAGACGCCACCGAUGAUAGGGUCACUGUCGAAAGUGCUGAAGCUACACUUCAGUAUAAUGUUGCUGUCAAAUGCGCGACCAUAACUCCUGAUGAAACUAGGAUGAAGGAGUUCAAGCUCAAGUCCAUGUGGAGGAGUCCGAAUGGUACAAUACGGAAUAUUCUAAAUGGAACUGUUUUUCGUGAGCCAAUUCUUUGCCGGAAUAUACCACGGAUUAUUCCAGGCUGGAAGACACCCAUAUGCAUUGGCAGACAUGCAUUCGGAGAUCAAUAUCGUGCCACAGAUAUGAUUAUUAAUGGCCCUGGAAAGCUCAAAAUGGUCUUUAUGCCUGAAGAUGGAGAUGCACCUGUGGAGUUAAAUGUUUAUGAUUUUAAAGGCCCUGGAAUAGCACUAGCUAUGUACAAUGUUGACGAGUCUAUCCGGUCUUUUGCUGAGUCAUCAAUGUCCAUGGCAUAUGCAAAAAGGUGGCCACUUUACUUGAGCACCAAAAAUACGAUUCUGAAAAAAUACGACGGCAGGUUCAAGGAUAUAUUUCAGGAGGUAUAUGAAGAGAAAUGGAAGCAAAAAUUUGAAGAGCAAUCAAUAUGGUAUGAACAUCGGUUGAUUGAUGAUAUGGUGGCCUAUGCAUUGAAAAGCGAUGGUGGAUAUGUGUGGGCUUGUAAAAACUAUGAUGGAGAUGUGCAAAGUGAUUUUCUGGCUCAAGGGUUUGGUUCUUUGGGACUCAUGACAUCUGUCUUGUUGUCAUCGGAUGGAAAAACAUUAGAAGCUGAAGCAGCUCAUGGAACAGUGACUAGACAUUUCAGGCUGCACCAGAAGGGACAGGAGACUAGCACAAACAGUAUUGCUUCCAUAUUUGCGUGGUCACGUGGACUUGAACACAGAGCAAAGCUUGACAAGCAUGACAGACUCGUGGAAUUUGUUCGGAAACUCGAGUCUUCAUGUGUUGAAACGGUGGAGUCAGGAAAAAUGACUAAGGAUCUUGCCCUUCUUGUCCAUGGUCCCAAGGUAUCAAGAGAGUUUUACCUGAGCACGGAGGAAUUUAUUGAUGCUGUUGCGCAGAACCUGAAAGAUAAGAUUCAAGUGGCAACGGCAGCGGUUGUGUAGAUAUUGGUUGUUUGCAUGUCAGUUUUGUUUGGCAGGCACAAACAGUAGUAGUGAAUCAGUGACCCGAUUGAGGUCUUAGUGACAUGAGGACGAAGCUAAGGGCUUACCAAUAAUAACAGAUACGAACAAGCAGGAGGAGCUAUAUAAAUAUUCUAAUAAUUUUGGUACAUAUACACAACUGUUAUACACAAUUGUUAAUGUGAAUGAUAUAGAUUUUGAAUUGUGGAUAAUUGUUGUAUUCUUGCCGGAAUAUUUUCCCGUGAGUUAUCACAAGCAGCUACUUGGUUGGGCUUGGGCCGAGAAAGCAUGCUGAUGCUUAUCUUUA